UAUGUAUAAAAUAGUUAAUGCAAUGAUGACAAGAUUUUAUACUCAAUCAUCUAAUCAUGGCUUUCUCCGUAUCAAGAACAAGUAGAGGACUAGUUAAGCCAUUUGAGCAAACGCCGUCAGGAACUCUCGAUCUCUCUGUUAUUGAUAGAUUAUUCAUCCUGAGAUGCAACGCCAGGACGUUGCACGUGUUCAGACAUGGCCCUGAAGCAGCGAGAUUCAUCAGAGAAGCGUUGUCGAAGGCUUUAGUCCCUUAUUACCCUCUUGCUGGUCGGCUAAAGGAAUCUAGCCAGGGUCAGCUUCAAAUUGAAUGUUCUGGAGAAGGUGUAUGGCUUGUUGAGGCUACUGCUAGUUGUAAUCUUGAUUCUGUUAAUUACUUUGAUAAUGCUGAAUCGGAAACUUACGAUGAGCUUCUUCCUGACCGCAAUCCUGAGGUUGAUGGCACUGAACCGCUCGUCCAGAUGCAGGUUACUCAAUUUGGAUGCGGAGGUUUCGUGAUCGGACUCAUAUUCUGCCACAGUAUAUGCGACGGACUAGGCGCUGCGCAAUUCCUGAAUGCCGUCGGGGAGCUAGCUAGAGGCGUUAACCAUCUCAGCAUUUUACCGGUUUGGCGUAGAGACUUCUCUCCACCGCCACCUCAACAACCAACCAUCGCCAAACUGCCGAUUCUUCCGCCGCCAAUGCCCAAUUACAAGCUAGAACAUGCCAACAUAGACAUUCCAAUACAUCAAAUUAGCCACCUUAAGCAACAAUUUCUCGACUCGACAGGCAAAAUUUGCUCCACAUUUGAAGUUGUAGCUGCUACAUUUUGGCAACAACGUACAAUAGCAAUAAACUUCAAGCAAAACACCGAAGUCAAGCUCGUUUUCUUCGCGAAUUGUCGGCAAAUCUUAAACCCGCCGUUACCGGAAGGAUUUUACGGCAACUGCUUCUACCCAGUGACAAUCACAACUCUGUCAGACUCGUUGACACAGGCAUCAAACGUUGAAGUAGUAAAACUCAUACAAGAGGCAAAGGCUAAGCUACCAGUUGAAUUUGAAAGGUAUAUUAAGGGGGAGUACUUGAAAGACGGCGACGGUGAGGACCCAUUUGCGCCACCGCUAAUUUACACGACGUCGUUUAUAUCAGAAUGGGGGAGGUUAGGAUUUAAUGAGGUGGAUUAUGGUUGGGGUCCUCCGGUGCAUGUUGUCCCAAUUCAAGGGUCUAGCAUUAUACCUGUUGGUAUUGUGGGAUCGUUGCCGUUGCCGGAGAAGGGUAUCCGUCUGAUGACUUGGUGUGUUGAGGAAGACCAUCGUCAGGAAUUUAUUGAUCUGAUGAUGACAUCAAUAUAAUAAUAUCGUAUUGAUUAAGACAAACGAUAAAGAAUACUGGAAUGUUUUUAAUUUAUUUCUUGCUGGAGUUGCUUGUUUCAUUUAAUAAAACAUUUGUCAUUUGUUUUGAUAAAAUAUCAUUAAUGAUAAUAAUUGAUUAUAAA